AUGAAGUCAGAUUUCAAGUUCUCUAACCUUCUUGGUACAGUUUAUUAUCAAGGUAACUUGAUCUUUACAAAAAAUGGCUCUACACUUCUUUCUCCAGUGGGAAAUCGUGUCUCAGUCUUUGAUCUUAUACACAAUACUUCAUACACGUUGAACUACGAGCAUAGAAGAAAUAUUAGCUGCGUAGCGCUCAAUAAGCAGGAAACUUUAUUGAUCUCCGUUGAUGAAGACGGCCGUGCCAUCUUGGUUAAUUUCAGAGCUCGUACUGUGCUUCAUCAUUUCAAUUUCAAAGAGAAAGUAAGAGAUAUUAAAUUCUCUCCUGAUGGAAAGUAUUUUGCUUUGGCCGCAGGAAGAUUUGUUCAAAUCUGGAAGACACCCGAAGUGAAUGAAGAUCGUCAGUUUGCUCCAUUCGUUCGCCACAGAGUCUAUGCAGGUCAUUACACUGACAUCAUAUCGAUUUCUUGGUCUGGAGAUUCUAGAUUUAUCCUUUCCUCCAGUAAGGACUUAACUGCACGAAUCUUUUCACUCAAUUCUCAAGAUAAAGGUGUCAAGAUGACUCUUGCUGGCCAUCGAGAUUACGUGAUGAGGGCCUUCUUUGACAGCUCUCAGGAGAAAAUUUACACUGUUUCUAAAGACGGUGCAAUUUUUAGAUGGGAAUAUACAGAAAGACCCGGCGAAGAAGACUUACCAGUUGAAGAGAAACACAUGAGUUGGCGUAUUAUGGCAAAGAGCUUUUUCCUUGCAGGCGCAACUGUCAAAUGUGCCACUUUCCACUCUUCAUCAAAUAUGCUUGUAGUUGGAUUUGCCAAUGGAGAGUUUAGAUUAUACGAGUUACCAGAUUUCACAUUGAUUCAGCAGUUAUCUAUGGGCUUGAAUGCAGUAAGUACGGUGACAGUCAACAAUUCUGGUGAGUGGAUUGCCUUCGGUUCCAAGAAAUUGGGGCAAUUGUUGGUCUAUGAGUGGCAGUCCGAGUCCUAUAUUUUGCGUCAGCAGGGUCAUUUUGAUUCUAUGAACUGCCUAACGUAUUCGCCCGAUGGAUCUCGUUUGGUUACAGCCUCCGAUGAUGGUAAGAUCAAAAUCUGGGACAUUGCCUCUGGAUUUUGUUUGGCCACAUUUGAAGAGCACACUUCUGCCGUGACCGGUGUGGCGUUUGCCAAGCGUGGGCAAGUUAUGUUCUCCUGUUCUUUGGAUGGAACUGUGCGUGCAUGGGAUCUAAUCAGAUACAGAAAUUUCCGAACUUUAACGUCCACCAAACGGCUACAAUACAGUUGUCUUGCGGUGGAUCCUAGCGGAGAGAUCGUGGUUGCUGGAUCUUUGGAUGAUUUUGCCAUUCAAGUUUGGUCUGUUCAAACUGCACAGCUUUUGGACCAGUUAUCAGGCCACGAGGGCCCAAUUUCUUGCCUUUCCUUUGGUACAGAGGGUAAAACGUUACUCGCCAGUGCUUCUUGGGAUAAGACAAUUCGUAUUUGGGACAUUUUCAGUCGUGCUCAGACUAGUGAACCGUUCGAUAUGAUGUCAGAAUGCCUGUCAUUGGCUAUGAGACCGGACUCUCUAGAAGUGGCGGCAUCCACAUUAGACGGUAAACUUAUAUUUUGGGACGUGGAAAAUGGAAAACAAACAAGGGAACUUGAUUGUAAAAAAGAUAUUUUACAGGGAAGGUACAUGGAGGACGAUUUCACUGCAGCAAAUUCUGCAAGAGGUAAGAACUUCUCCACUAUAGCGUACAGCUUUGACGGACUCACGCUUGUAGCCGCAGGUAAUAACAACAGUAUAUGCCUAUACGAUUUGCCUAAUGAGGUAUUGCUUAAGCGAUUUACAGUGUCGCUUAAUAUGCAGUUGAACGGUACCCAGCUGUUCCUUAAUUCCAAGCGAAUGGCCGAAGGUGGCGCCAUUGAUUUGGUAGAUAAUGAUGGAGAAUUGUCUGAUGUGGAGGAACGAAAUAGAGGAAAUUCUGUGUUGCCUGGAUCCAAAAGAGGUGAUAUCAGUGCUCGAUCGUCUCGACCGGAGAUUAGAGUCACCAGUGUUUCAUUUUCCCCUACAGCCAGUGCAUUUGCAGUUGCAUCUACUGAAGGACUACUGGUCUACAGUGUUGACGAAACAGUGAUUUUUGAUCCAUUUGAUUUAGACAUGGAUGUAACACCCGAUUCAACUUUGGAAGCGUUAAAGGAAGGAGAAUAUCUUAAUGCAUUGGUGAUGGCUUUCAGAUUGAAUGAGACGUACUUGAUUCAUCGUGUUUAUGAGAGUAUCCCAUUCAAGGAUGUUGGAUUAGUGUCACGGGAUUUACCAGUGGUUUAUCUACCGAAGUUGCUUGACUUUAUCGGAGCCUUGGCUAUGGACAGUCAACACAUUGAGUUCAACUUGAUCUGGAUAAGUAACUUGAUUACCGCUCAUGGCAAAUAUAUUACCAAAAACAAGCAUAUGUUUGGAAGUGGAUGCCGAGCAAUUCAGAGGUUUUUGAACAGACUAGCGAAGGACAUUGUUGGAGCUGGUAAGAAGAAUGAGUAUUAUACUGCUUUUAUCAGUACUUCUCACCAAAUUGAGGUGAAAGAACAGAAAGAGAUUGAGACACAGACGCAGAAUGAAGACGAUUCAGCUGAAGAUGAAUCAGAUGAACAGAGUCAACAUGAACCUGACACUGAAGACGGCUGGUUUGGCCCUAAUGAUGAAGCUAAAAAAAUUAUAGACAACUUCACUGACAGUGACAGCGAAAUCGAGUAA